UUUGUGAAAGGACUCAUACCAAAGAGAAACUACCAAUGCUCCCAUUGUAUGAAAAGAUCUAGCAUGCACACCAAUUUGGUGAUACACAAGAGAACUCACACUGGGGAGAAAUCAUAUGAGUGUCUGCAUUGUGGGAAAAGUUUUCUGCAUAAUUCCAAGCUGGUGAUACACCAGAGGAGUCACACAGGAGAAAAACCAUAUGAGUGUCUGGAUUGUGGGAAAAGUUUCAAGGAGAAUUCCAAGCUGGUGUUACACCAAAGGAGUCACACAGGAGAGAAACCAUAUGAAUGUCUGGAUUGUGGGAAAAUGUUCAGUCAGAAUUCCGACCUGGUGACACACCAGAGGACUCACACAGGAGAGAAACCAUAUGAGUGCCUGUACUGUGGGAAAAGUUUCAGUAAGAAUUCAAACCUGGUGAUACACCAGAGGAUUCACACGGGAGAAAAACCAUAUGAGUGUCUGGAUUGUGGGAAAAGUUUCAAUCACAAAUCCCACUUGGUGAAACACCAGACCACACAUACAGGAGAAAAACUGUAUUGUUCAGAUUGUGGGAGAGGUUUUACUUGCAAUUCGGACCUGGUAGUACACCAGAGGACUCAUACAGGAGAAAGACCAUAUGAGUGCCCAAAUUGUGGGAAAAGUUUCAGUCGGAAUUCCUCCCUUAUAGAACACCAGAGGACUCACACAGGAGAGAAACCAUAUGAGUGUCCAGAUUGUGGGAAAAGUUUCAAGCGUAAUUACCAUCUGGAGAGACACAAGAGCACUCACACGGGUGAGAAACCGUAUGAGUGUCUGGAUUGUGGGAAAUGUUUCAAGCGUAAUUCC